ACAUUGGGAAGAGUCGCUCUUUAACAAGGGACGACCGUUUUCGUCCUCGUUCCGCUUCGAAUUAUGUGGAGCGAUUGAGCAAAGAAGUCUCCGUCUCACAUUAUUUCUUAUUUUGUUUUGUUCCUCAUCAUGCUUCCCAGCCUGAUUCCAACGCCUUCAGUGUCCUGGCAGGUGCUGGGCCCACCUCAGCUCCCUGCAUUGCACAACUUGGGCAAAAGUUUUCUAAUUGACAAUUUGCUUCGGAUAAAUGGUCCCUUGAACCCCCCGCUUCGACCAAUUCCUGCAAACCCUGUGCCAGUGAAAGUGGCCCAAACUGCGGAACAAAUCGGCCCAUCGGGAGGUCCACAUCCUACAAGAUCCUCCUUUCAGCUCGUUAACCCCUCAGACAACCAGCCGGCUCCAGUCACCUCCACCAGCCAAACAGUCACAUACCCUGAUAUAGCUUUAUCCAAGUGUUUUCUGCCAAGUUUCCCGCAGGUCCUCUUGGCUUGCUGUGGUGGGUCCUGUCAACAGCAGGUCUCCCCCACUGAUUUUCCAAUUAGCAGUUCUUUCAGGAGCUGUGAAUUUCCCCUUUGGCCUCAGGUUAGUCACAACAAGGUGCGAAGAGGAAUCCUGCGGAGAGUUGUCUUUUCUGAAGAACAGCGGAAAUCACUGGAGAAGACCUUUCAAAAGCAGAAAUACAUUAGUAAGACCGACAGAAAGAAACUGGCCACUCAUCUUGGUCUUAAAGAUUCACAGGUAAAAAUCUGGUUCCAGAAUCGAAGAAUGAAAUGGCGAAAUACUAAAGAGAGAGAAUUGCUCACACAAGGAUAUUCCCUGGAACAUACAUUACAAGAGAAACGUCUCUCAACCACUGAUUCAAACAAUGGUAUUGCAAAUGACCCUGACCGAAAAUCAACACAUUUGGACCAGUCUCCAACGUGCAAAUACACUGCAUUAACGUCAAUGUCUCAGAGUAGUCAGUCUGGCGAGAACAGAGUUCCAGAUGUGAAAGUAGAAAUAUUAAAAACAUCUCCACACUCCCACUCUAUUCUGCAUGAUAAAUACAUCUGAGCAUUAAAUUCCCAGUGGGCACCAAUAGUCAUCACUGUACUGAUACUGUAUUUCAAGUGAUCCAUUCCCCUCUCAAAUAAGGGACUCGCACUUUUUUGGAGACAUUUCCUGCAACUUUAGCACCAGUGCCUGAAAUAUUGCAUGCCUGCAAUAAUGCUGUCAAUGUAAUUUAUUGCAUUCAGAUGCUAUCAAGCAGUGAUUCAUUUCUAGAUCUUCAAAGUUAAUUACCUUUGUUCAUUUUUAUUUUAGGAAAGACGUUGACUUUAAAAUAUGCAUGUUUUUACACUUGGCCAAUAUUUUUCAAUUUGAAUUUGCCAAAUGUAACACGGCCACCAUGGACAGUGGUUUGAUAUGUUAAAACAAAUAAAGCAGAGUCUAAUACAGGAUAAUAAUUGUAUUCUACAUUGUAACAUUUAUAUUAAAAUACAAGGGCAUCAA